AUGUCGGAUCGCGUGGCCAAAUGGCGGCAGAGCUUCCAGAAGGCUCGAAGCAACAGCGCGCAGGUGCAGGCCGAGCUUCAGAAGCUCGAGCUCCUCAGUGCACAGGAUGUGACUCAACGGAGCGAGAGAGCCAAGCUGAGCGCAGGGAUUCGCGGAAAGAUGUCGCAGCUCAAGAUCGAGCUGGAGCGCCUCCAGCGUGAGCUGCAAAGCCUCGCGGACAACAGCAGCGAGAAUGAGGUGACUCGGAAGUCCAUAACCCAAUUCAAAGAUGAGCUCGCCCAGGCCAUGACCGAGCAGCAGGAGCUUCAGCGACGUUUGCAGCGCCCGCAAGCGGCUGAGUCCUCGCCAUCACCCGCGCCAGGUGAGGUCGCCAAGCGACCCAGUGAGCGAGGUGCUGAGAUGCAACCGGUCUCGCAAAGAUCGAUGUUGGAGCGGCAGCAGCAAAUGAUGAGGGACAUGGACGAGCCGCUGACGGUUCUGGAAGGCUCCGUGAACAACCUGCAGCAGGUGAGCACGAUGAUCCGAACCGAGAUCAACCUCCAAAAUCGCUUGUUGGAUAAUGCGAACGAGACGACCGACCGCACCUCCGCUCGCUUGGGGCGCGCGCGGUCGAUGCUCACUCGCUUCCAGACUCUGGAUCGAAAUCGCUGGCUGGGUAUCUCUGUGCUUGCGCUCUUCAUCGCUCUCGUCAUCCUGUUCGUGUAUGAGGUUCUUCCGUAA